AUACAAUAAAACAGUGCCAUUGGAGUGCAUGAUCAGACGCGCAUGCCCUCUUCGAUUUAUUUUCUUUUUCAGCUCGCUUAUCCAACCGAACGCGGAAGUCAGUGGACAUGACGCAUUCUAUCUGAUGGGGACUAUGAAAUAAAAACAAAAAUACUCGGAUAAAGACGAGGUUUGGAUUAGUGGUCCCCCUCUCCCAUCAUGUUGGUGCUGGUGGACAAGCUUCAGAGAGUGUGAGCUUCACUGAACUGCGGGGAUGAACAUGCCAUUGCACCAAAUAUCUGUCAUCCCUCGUGAUGUCACUUCCUCCCGGGUGUCCAGCAGUGGAAAGCCAAAGGAGAAGGACAAACAGAAUGAGAAACCGCUUGGUCAUUCUGCAAGCAGGUCCAGCAACAUUUCAAAGGCAGGAAGUCCAUCCUCUGUAAAUGCUCCCUGUGUCUUCCCCAGGAAUUCUGUGACACCUUCUAACCAGGAUAUUUGCAGGAUUUGUCACUGUGAGGGGGAUGAUGAGAGUCCACUGAUCACACCCUGUCACUGCACUGGGAGUUUGCAUUAUGUCCAUCAGUCCUGCCUGCAGCAGUGGAUCAAGAGCUCGGACACACGCUGCUGUGAGCUCUGUAAAUAUACUUUAAUCAUGGAAACCAAGCUCAAGCCACUCCGCAAGUGGGAGAAGCUUCAGAUGACAGCCAGUGAGCGGAGAAAGAUCAUGUUCUCAGUCACAUUCCACGUGAUCGCCAUCACCUGUGUUGUCUGGUCGCUCUACGUCCUCAUUGACCGCACAGCGGAGGAGAUCAAACAAGGGAUAUUGGAAUGGCCUUUUUGGACCAAACUGGUGGUGGUGGCUAUAGGCUUCACUGGUGGACUGGUGUUUAUGUAUGUGCAAUGCAAGGUCUACAUCCAGUUAUGGAGGAGACUCAAGGCCUACAACAGAGUAAUAUAUGUGCAGAAUCGCCCAGAGACCUGUAAAAAGAAUGUUUUUGAAAAGCCCUCUCUCCUGGAGCCAAACUUGGAGAAUAAAGAGGCAUUUGGGCCGGCACAGUCAGACACAAACUCUUCCCAGUACACAGAGACAGAGGACUACAGUAUGGAGAUGCUGCACGUGUGAUCAUAUGGCCCGCAUACGCCCUCUAGAGGACCUGCUGGUGCAUUGCACGCUCGAGGACAUAUGGGGAAGCCACACAGCACUGGGCACAAAGACUGAGAUUGAACUCAUUUUGUCGUUUAGAUGUUCUGUUCUCUUUGUUUGUCUGAUUCCUGUGAGUUGUUGGCAAACCAUAAUGAAUCAAGUGUGUGCUAGAUCUCGGAGCAUUCCAACUGCCAUUGUACUGCUGUUGUACAACAUUUGAAAUCCACCAUUCAGGCUGUGCAUACGGAAGUGUCUGCGCCGGUUCUAAUGGAGUCGCAUACAGCAUAAGCACUUUUUAUUUCUCUGUUCUAAAGAACCCUGUUUUAAUAUUAUUAAAUUCCUUUAUAUGUGGAUAAGACAUUAAAUCAGACUUGAAGUUUUGCGAUCAAGAUCUCAUUUUAUAUAGCUGCAUUUGUAUGAUCCCUUAGAAAUUUUGAAGGAGCGAUGAGGGAAAAUUCAUGUCUUAUGUAAUCAUUCCACUUGACAGAAAACAACAAAACAAAGUACCUUCUGAAUUUAGUCAGUGUGAUCUUAAAAUGACGAUAGCUUUUGUUCUAUAUAAGUUGAUUCCUAAAUAAUCUGAAUAAUAUUAAGGCUAAUUAAUCUAUUUUUCCUAUCAAGGGCUAGAUUUACUAAAGCUAUCUCUGAAGUGCUACAAUUCUUAGCGUGUGCAAAAACAAUACCAUGAGGUGGUGACUUGUCACUGGCUAUGCUGCUGAUUUUUGCUUUUGCUAAAGAUUUGCUUUAGUAAAUCAGGCCUCAAGUAUGAUGAAGGUUGUGGGAAUGUUGUGAAAUGAACUCCAGUGUAGCAUCAUGAAACAUUUGCAAUGAAGCAAUCAUGGUUUCUAUGUGUGAAAGAUACUUUAUUGUUAUCUUCGUUGAUUUGAUUAAUUAUUAAUUUUACCUUGCAAGUUGCAUUUCCUAAACGCAUUAUGUUCUGUCCUAAAUCCAAUUUCUGUCAUUUCUUUUAAAAAUGAGCUUUGACCUCUACCAUGUUCCUGCAUAAAAUUUGCAUUGAUUUGAAAUCAAUAACAGAAAUGGAUGAUGUAUGGACAUUGUUCAAAUGAUGUUCAGAAUUUGACUUGAAUUUGUCAGCAGUACUAUUAACAUGUUCUUUUGUUUGCUUGGGUUUUCCAAAACAAGCAUAGCAAAUUUCCCAUGGCUGUCAUGUCAGGUUGUAUUUAUUAUAUAGUGUUUAAAUGGCUUUCAGUGUUGGGAAAUAGCCAUGUUAGUUUUGUCCUUCAUUUUAACAUUGAUCCUUUUAUUGAAUUUGACAUGCAACUGUGCUUUACAUAUCCCUGGCAACGAUAAUGUACACAAUUUAUGCUCCCUAUAAAUGAUGUAUUGUGAAUAAAAAAAAUGUUCAUUAUCUGAUAUUUUCAAAAGUUACAGGAUUCUUCUGCCAUCUAGAGCUACUGCACAGACAAUGCACAUUCAAAAAUAUGUUUUUAACUUCUUUAUGAUUGGCUUUGUGUUUGACCAAUAAAAAUGUCAGUUUGUUAAUGGCAUGUGUUUUUGUUUUGAAAUUCAAUAACAUCUGAUUUCCCGCUUUCAAUUGAGUUCAACUGAGAAUAAUUUUUUUUUGUCCUAUUUUGAUAUCCUCUAAACAUAUGCACUUUUACAAUAAUCCAGCAUUAAUGUAUCCCAGUCUGCUUUCAUAACAUCCAAAUGAAGGCAUUGUGUUGGAGAUGUGAAAAUGUGUAGACCGAAUAAAACUGUUGUCAAUAAGAGGUUCUGCACUAUGUGGGUUGAGUGGCAACUUGGAAAUCCUUACCACUCAGUUUAAAUUCCCUUUGAUGUCUUGUUUUAUUCUGUUGUAAGCCUGUAACUAAGAAUCAAUGUAUAUAUUUACCCAGUGUUCUGUUUUCUUUGAUGGCAUAUUUGUAAAACAAUGGGAGCUGGCUCCUUUUUCCAUAAGGUGGUGGAGAAAACCCGAACAGUUACACAAUUUGGUUUGAAUUGUGCUACCUUAUUUUGUUGGUGGAAGAUGAUUUGUAAAAUCUCCACAUCAUAUUCUUCAAAGUGGGUAUUUUCCAAAAUGUCUUUCUAGAUUUGAAUGCACUGCAUCAUAUUUCUAUGAAUGAGUUUGAAAUUGCAGUAAAAGUAUUGUUUAUCUCAUGGCACCUUAUAGAAGUGUUGUGAAAUCUGCAAUGCAUUACUACUGAAUUGGCUUGAAUAACAACUGUUUCUUGCAUCCCCCACUUGUUUUUUUUCUUCAUCCUGAGAUUUUUCUUAAGUACUAAAUACUUUCUUAAGAACUCUUUAAUUUUUUCCCCCACAUUUGAGCAUAAAUAAAAAAAUAACCAAAUAAAGUACAUCUAGAAAUGAUUUUCACCAGCCUUUUUGAAUCCGCUGUUUUUUUGUGGGGGUUUUAAUUGCUGCAAUAACGGGUGAUUAAA